AAGCAAAUCACUUCAAUCUUCUUUUUUAUCUAACAUAACUUAAAGUUUUAAACACGCAUGCAGUCUUCCUCAAUAGAAACGAUUUGUUACGAAAUGAUUUAUUGAAAAAGAGGUGUUCAUGCGACUGUUACAAGGGGAUAAGGGGUCACGCUUUAUUGCAGCGAGACGAACAUCUAAACCGGAUGCUUUGGGCUUACAUAUUGCGCAUGCGCGAAUAAUGUAAACACCAUCAUGGCGUUCGAAGAGUCUGUUUAUUAUGGAGUUUGGAAGAUUGUGGAGUGUGUGUCUUUGGCUGGGGUCGUUGAAACGACCGGCAUCGAGGGGACUGAGUUUCGAUUGGAUGAGAAUGGUGAUGUCACAUGGAGAGUAUCAGAGGAUGCUGAACCCAUGCUGUUUUUCUCUUGUGAAACUUAUGAGAUUACACCAGAAACAGGAAGUGGAAGCUCAAGAGAUUCAGCUUUGCUAAAGUUUAUUGGGACUUACGCAGGACAUGUUAUAGAGUUCAAGGCUGAAGUAACAGAUGAUCUCAUGCUUCUAACAUAUGAAAAAUGUUGUAUGCUGCAGUGUCAGAAGAUUUCUUCUAACGAGCCAACAGGGGAUCUACCAUACACUUAUGUCAGUGCCUUAGAGCAGGGUUUUUUCUCUGAUCUCUCCAUCAAAGCUGAAUCGGGGAAGGAGUUCCUUGUGCAUUCUGUGAUUCUGAGGAUGAGCCUGCCUGAAAUGGACUGGCUAAGCAAUCCCCCCCCACUCACAGGCCUGCCAGAAGAGGUGCUGCAGACAAUGCUGCACUAUCUAUACUGCGAAUGCCUGCCUCCAGGCCUCACUGAGACCACUGCCAAAGCAUGUGUGAAAACACUGGGCAAAGUGCAAGGCUUUGCCCAAUUUUCCCACCUCUGUGAAACCUUUCUGAAGAACACAAUGUUAAAGCAACAAAUACAGACAUUGAUUUCUGAAAUGCACAAUUGUUUCGAUCGCAUAAUUGAAUUAUUCAGUGGUCGAGCAAACCUCAACAACCCAGAGUCUCCCAUCAGUACAGAAGCUAAUAUCUGGAACAAUCCAGCCAAACUGUGUUACACUGUCAGGCAAGGGCUGAAAGAGGCAGCCAUUGCUUCUGCUAAACUGUUGCUUCUGUGUGAUCUGUUUUCAAAACGGAAGUGUGAGCUAUCACGACAAGAAAGGCAUGAAAUUAUGAAGCAAGCCAAGUCCAGAAUGCCAGUGUUUCUGAAACAACUCCACAAGUUCUUGGUGGUGCUGAAGCAGCACUCACAGACUCUUACUGCACACCAGCGCUAUGAUUUCGCCUCUUAUCUCGUGCCUGAGAUUGAAGUCAUACUGGACACAGUUUCACGUUUUGCGGUUGAAACCAAAGUGGCUCUGGAACAAGUGAUCAGCUCAAGCAAUGCUGAGCAGAGCCACAACGAACACUCUGACAGACAUGAGAAAGGGGAAAAGAGCAAGAGGGGGAACAUUGGGGAAGUUCUUGGCAGGACAUUAAAAAAUGCAUUGCAUAUGAGAGAACUGAAGAAACUGAAGAAGUUUCAUGACAAGACAACUGCCAGUUUCGUUGAGCUGAUGAAUAGAAAAGAGGACUUUAGCAUCAUGACUGAGGGGGACAAAGUGAGGGCCAUCUCAAAGUACCUGGAGCAGUUAAUAGAUGAGCUACCAGUAACAGUUCUGCGUCUUGAGGAACUGAUCGGAGCACUAGAGCAGAAAGUGCCAUGGACAGAGUGGAAGUACCUAUUCAAGAUGGCAACAUCGAAAAUAUCUUGGGGCCUAAGCAAGGUGCAGUCCAAUCGAGCGUCCCUGCAGCCUCUAAUUGAUGAAGUGUGUGACAUUGUCAGGAGUGACCAGUUUUCAGCAGCUGUUGCUACUCUUGGGCUGCGGAAUAUUGCUGCAGAAAACAGCCAGGAGGGAGGAGCAUGCUCUGAUGGAGGCCGGGCUGGCAAAUCACGAAUGUAUCCGCUUAACCCUGUGGAAUCCUUGUGUGUGUCACCUUUCCCAAAAGAUAGCAAAAUGGCUGGGCGUGCGCUUGAUCUUUUCAGAAAAAGAGAGGGUUCUGACAUGGUCUUUGAAAUCGUCAGCACUGGAGAGGGCGGAGACAUUGUGAUUGACCAUACUGGAGAUAAACCAGUGACAACUGUGGAAGAAGGGGUCAUAGAGGUCGACCACAUUCCAUGCCACAGGGUUAUUGUAGCUAGUCGCUGCGAUUGGUUUCGACGAGCCCUUCUCAGUGGCAUGCGAGAAUCUAUAGACAAGAAAAUUGUCGUCCAUGACAUACAACCUCAUGUGUUUCGACUCUUCCUUGAAGCUCUUUACUCAGGGCAGCUUGAUACGUCUAGCCUGACUACUGAACACCUUGUAGAUAUGAUGACACUGUGUGACAGAUAUGAAAUGGACAGUCUAAAAAUCAGUUGUGAACAUGCUUUGAAGCAUCAUGUAGAUGAAGACACAGCGCUGUACCUACUGAGCCUUGCAGAUCAGCUUGGAUGCACUUCUCUGCAGGAUUAUGUACUGAUUUAUAUUGCAAACCACCCCCAGCUGGUUCAUAGUGAUGUCUAUGAAGACCUCCCAGACAAACUGAAGGAAGAUGUUGAGGAUGCAAUAGCUUGGAAAGGUCUUGAAAGUGAGCGGUGCAGGGAGCCUAGCAGAGGGAUGGACGUGACACCUAGUUCCGUCUCCAGUAUGAGUGAGCUGGAGGACCUGGUGGGCAACAUAGAGGUAGCUGACCGCACGCCUGCCCAGGAACUAUCAUCUUCAGUGUCAUCAGAAGACCUUCAGCUUAUGGGAAAUGAGGAGCUUCUACAUUCAUGUCUUGCAGCUCUCCGUGACGUUGUUGGGGAUGCUGUGCCAGAGGAGGAGCUGGUGCGAGUGGCCCUGGCUGCAGAUUAUGAUGUCAACCGUGCAGUCAACUUUUUCUUCCUUUCAUCAUAGCACUACAACCCUAUGAUUUAUAUCAUUUUAUUUCAAUUUCUUGGCAAAUGUGUGCCUGCAGUGCAUCUGUGUAUAUGUGUGACUGUGGCUGGACAAACUUCCUAAUUAUUUGCAGAAAUUUGUACUCUCUCUUGCACAUUGCACAUGAUGUCCCCUUUCCAAGAAGUUUGUCUUUGCACUUUCCCCCUCUGUUAAAGAUAACAAAUUGGACUCUUGUCUAUAUAUACUUCUGCAUCACUUUUUAUUCCUGACUUCUUUGCUUGUACCAGACUAAAUUCAACCAGACAUUUAAUCAUCUGCAAACUGAUACUUUAGAAAAGUUUACAAGGCAGUUUAUGUUCUGUAAAUAUGCAUUGCUACUUUAAGGGCUUAUAUAUGUCUGUUGGGAGGGCUUUGUGUUUACUGUUUAUUUUCUAAUGAAAAAAUUGGGUGGUCUGAAGGUGUUGGAGCAACUUGAUGCUGUGAUAGUUAUUCUGAACUGUACAUAUCUGUGUGUGUGUGUGAGAGAGAGAGAGGCAUUAUGCUGAUGGUGUUUCCCUUAUAAACACUCCAUAGGCAACAAGACACUUGUGUGUGUGGAAACUGGAAGCAACCUCACUACCAAAUUCCCAUAUAAAGCAGCUCUAAUACAGGACAAGUGUACAAAGAAAAUACUGACGUGAUCACAGCCUUAUCUCUUUACUCAGCUAUGUAAAGUUAAAAAAACAUACAUGCUGGAUUGCUGAGCAAGAAACCGUGAUCUGUAAAAAAAAUUAAUAAAAUGAAAUGUGUUUGCACUUGGUCUGUCAUUUUAGUGAUAAGGAGAGGAAAGUGCCUGAGAAAUGUAUAGGUGUAACCUUACUAAUACUGGAAUAGCAUGAAUGAAAGUAUUUUUGGUUGAAAUGAAUCUAGGACAGUUAAAUUUCUCAUAUCAGCAUUCAUUUAUGUGGUCUUGUUGCAUCUAUUUCUGAUGGUACAUUCAGCUAGCAUAAGAUCAGAAAAAAGUGGCAUUACACAUGAAAGAGUAAAUAAAUUGGAGAUGAAGUAAAUAAAAAAUAUCCAUCUCUUUCUAACAAGUAUAGAGCAUGCAUUCAUUUCAGUUUGUUGAAUAUAUUAUUGCAGGAUUUAACAAAAUAGUGCAUCUGUCAUUCUCAGUUUAGAGUAUAUUUAGUUAUUGUGCUUUAAGAAUGACAGAAAUCUGCAUCAUGAGUGUAAUUCUGAUUCUCUGCAGCCCACUUUGCCAAGGAAUUUCCCUGAAGCCAAGAACUUUGUCUUAGAAGUUGUUCAGGAGUAUCAGAAAAUAUAAUAAAAAGUAAUUAUUUUAGUUUAUAAUUUUUAUAGCAAUAGAACCAAUGUUUGCAAAUCCCAGAAUUAUAAGGAUUAUCAGGAUCAGCCAAUAUGGCCAACAUUAUAUCGGUGAAAUAUUUCUACCAACUUUCAUAUCUCAAAAUGUAUAAUCUUAAAAGCCCAGAUUCAUUUUUGGGAAAAGAUUUGUAUGCAUAUAUAUGAGAGAUUUUGCCAUUUUUAAAUACAUAAAUGGAAGAAAGAAUGUCAAUGCAUAUAGUUAAUAUAUCAAAAGGAUUGUUAUCAUAGUUAUCAUAUGUGAUCAUGAUGACCUGUGCUUUUUGCGUAUCAUUUAUCACAUUUUGAAGUCUGUCAUCAGGGGGUCUUUUGGUGUUUUUUUUGUAUAAUUACAACUGUGUUCUAAAGAUGAUUUGUGUGAGCAUAGCAGUCAGAUGAAUUCUUGGAGCAGCGGCAACAUGUCAUUAAUGCUGCAGUUUGAAGCUUGUCAUUACCUGCUUGUUUGAGUAUUUAAACUGAGGCUUAUUACAUUUUUAUCAGAUCUCUUUGACUUGGAACUAAGAACACUUUUGAUAAUAAAAGCCCCAGAAGGAAUCAAUGAAAGAAAGAACGAUGGUAUACCAAUACUGUUUGUACCAUCUGUCUAGCAUGUGAUGUUGGAUAUAGACAAUAUAGCUGUGCAGAAGAAGUAAGUUCUUUAAAAAAAGUUCUUUAAAACAAGUUCAGUUUUGUAGUGGGUCCUGUGGGGCUUUCCAGUGGCGCAAUGGUUAGCGCCUGUCAACAACAUAGUUUAGAUUGGCUCUCUCGGGUUCAGCUCUAGUCUCAGGCACGCUGUUCUCUCUGUAUGUGGCAUCUGUUUACAGGGCUGGCUGCCUUGCCGUGAUAUAGCCUUCGUUGCUGACUCCGCAUAAAACACCAAUUUUCCCCCUCCCUGUGGGGCUUAUUGUGCAAUGCUAUUAGUGUAGGUUUUCAAAACAGCACUUUCCUUUUGUGCUGCAUGUUGACUCUUGCAUAUCUAGAGUGAUGCACCUGUAUAUUUCAGCUUGCCAUAUCUGGGUAGAAGGUGAAAAACUGCUCAUAAACUCCUGUGCUUGGAAAUUAAUAUUUAGAGAGGUGAGGAUGAAAUCACAGUCAUCAUUCCUGAUAAAGGGUUUAUAACGCAGUAAAUACUGCAAGUCUUUUGAAAAUUUCCAAGUACUAGUCAGAUACUUUAGGCAGGUGUGUAAUAUGACAAAAAAGAAACCAUAAAAUUGGUGCUCAUCAUUGUUUCCUUUAUUAUUGUUUGGAAGGGGUAGUAAGCAGUAACAGUGCAAAAUGUGGCUGUUUGCAUUUAUCUUCUCUUUCCUCAAGCCACAUGAAGAGGGCAAGACCAGGCUUUGUUGCUGAGGUGAUACCAUACCUAUAACAUUUUACCCAAUGCCUAUAAUGCUACAAUAGCAACAGUUCAUAUGAUGCCCAGUUUAAUGCAGGUCAUGAGGACAAGGAGACAGGUAUCCUUGACUCUGGAGUUACAAGUAGUGAUGGUAGGCAGGUCUCUCUUUCCUUCAGUACUGGCUUGUACUUAUUCAGUAUUGAGUUCCAAUAUUUUAAGGGAAAAGGUAGGCCUCCCGAGUGGUUGGUAGAGCAAUCGGUAGAAUUGUGUUCUUCUUUGCAACUGGCCGAAGAUUGAUGUUUCAUGUUUUUUGUUUGCAGUUCAUGUUCUGUCUUGAAUAAAAAUAACUUGUUGAGGAAAGCAAAUAGGUGUAAUGUAACAAACUAAAGAGUUUUCUGUAUGAAGCUUAGGGCACAGUGUGCACAUUUGGCACCAGAAAUAUGUGUAACUGAGAAUGCUAGAUUGUCACCUGUUGUCAGUACCAGUCAUAUCACCAGUGUGUAAAUGGAUCAGUAGUAUCUGAUGAUUUCUAUCAGAUUUUUAUGUCAACUUUCUAGGCCAUUGAAACCUUUAUAGUACAUCAGUUUUUAAAACAGGUAAACAGGAAUUGUUUAUUUUGACUUGCCGAUGGUAUGGUUAGUAAAUUAAUAAACGCAGUAUUUACCUGUGGAAUUGUCACAUCAAAAUUUUGCGUCAAAUACUCAGGUCAGCUGGUCAGCCAUGUUUAAUUCUUUAUAUGGAUUACUAACAUUAUUUUUUUCAAAUCUAUUUUUCAUAGGUUGUUUGUAUUUGGGCAUGCAGUUAUGAUAAGCAGGACCUUUUAAGACAAAAGUGCCUGCUUGUCUGAGCUGUGAGUUGCAUUUCAUUUUUGUGGAAAUACUGAUGAACAGGUAUAUAUUGUUGUUGAACUGUACAGGUGUAUGAGAGCGAAGAGUGGCUGGCCUUGUUUUAACAGUCAGUAUCUUCUCUGCACAGAGCAAGCGGAGUGACUACCUUAUGAUUGUUUAAGGACAGAGAUGGACCAGUUUGAAUAAACUGGAGAGAAGUG